AUGUAGAGGAGACUGGCCUGAGAGCUCAGACCCUAAGAGCUAGUAGGGGGGCCUGAGCAUCCCAUCUACCCCAGGCCACAAAGCUGGUGCCCACUUCCCUAGGCCUGUGCCAGUAAGCCUUGAGCCCCCACAUUAGGACUUGGCCUCUUCCCCUCUUAUGGGGUGACCUUCCUCUAAAGGCUUAGAGUCUAAGCCACUGUGUGUGGAUUGGAAGCCAGACCCAGGGCAGAGCCUGAUGGGGAGGAGUGUAGGAUCCAUCCUAGCUCUCUGCACCCUCCAAAGCCAGCAGGUUCCUGGGGAGGGAGGGGACACACUGGGCACGUUAAGACCCCUCUGGUCCCUGUGGUGGAGUAAUGAGCACAGAGGGCCGGGUUUUGUUCUUGAUCAAACCUUUAGCCCCCACCCACUACAAUGCCCCCGUGGUAUCUUCAUGUCUAGGCUGCCCUCUGUGGGUCAUUCAGUGUUUCCAACAGUGGCUGGCGGCUGGACCAUGGGCCACAGGCGCCUCCACACCUGUGCCAGGGCAGGGGUCACAGCAGAGAGUGGUGAGGGGCAGGGCAGGCUGGGCGUCCUCCUUGGUGGACAUGCCCACAGCUGGCCCAGCUAAAUUGGGCCCAAUGAGCUGCCACGACAGACUGGGCCUUUAUCCAGCGACCCUCAGGCCUUUCCAGGCAUGGGGGCAGGGCGGACGUGACCAUUGGCUGUGGAGCCACGCUGAUUUGUGACAUGACCCCUGCCUAUGCUGGGCCCAGCUUCCUGCCACAGCUGGCCUGAGGAAAGGGACUGGGGGCCCAAGACUGACCCAGUUGGACACGAACUCUAGCGGGGUCAGGGUGGUCCCUGGACUCCAGGUAGACUCAGGUCACCUCUGCAGACACCCUGCUCCAUCCCAGGCCUCCUGCCUUCCUCCAUCCCUCUCUGUUCCCCUUCCCUCCGCCCCCACAACUCCAGUCCAGCGUCCCUGCCUCCACUCUGACCCUGACUCUGAACUUGGGCCGGACUCUCCCUCCCUCCUUAAGCCUCGGGGGCGGCGCUGCGCCCCAACGCAGCCACGACAACCGCCCCGAGCUGGCCGCAGCGCCACCUGCAUCCCCACCGGCUCCUCCCACUCCGUGGCUUUUGCCCUGUGGACCCCGCGUCUCACUUUCCCUUCACCCCGACUCUUACCGCGCCUGGCCCGGGUGGGCCUUGGGGCUGCGCUGGACCCUGACCCGGGAGCGGGGGCAGAAGGGAGCUCCCAAGGGUGGGGAUCCCGCCCCUCUAGAAGGGGAUCGGGGCGGAGCCGAGGGGGAGGCGGAGCCGCAGCACCGCUCGGAGGGCGGGCGGCCCGGGAGGCCAAGGUGUCCGCGCCUGCUGGUUCCUGGCUCCAGGGCGGGGCUCGCGGCAGCGCGCGGGAGCAAGGCGCCGGGCGGAGCCGAGUUCCAGGCGAGGAAGCCGGAAGCCGGGCGCGGGGAGCCUCCCGCGUUUCUGGGUUCUGUACGCUCGCGCUCAGGCCGGUGCCCGCUACCCGUCUGGGCCCCAAGCAGGUCCCAGGCCUCUGGCUAAUCCUGGCCAAAGGUGGGGACGGGCAGUGCCAGGCACCGCUAGCGAGGCUGUUUGGGGACCCAGGGUGACCACGGCGCAGCCAUGGGGACCGCGCUUGUGUACCACGAGGACAUGACGGCCACCCGGCUGCUCUGGGACGACCCCGAGUGCGAGAUUGAGCGUCCUGAGCGCCUGACUGCAGCCCUGGACCGCUUGCGGAAGUGCGGCCUGGAACAGAGGUGUCUGCGGUUAUCAGCCCGCGAGGCCUCCGAAGAGGAACUGGGCCUGGUGCACAGCCCCGAGUACGUGUCCCUGGUCAGGGAGACCCAGGUCCUGGGCAAGGAAGAGCUGCAGGUGCUGUCUGGACAGUUUGAUGCCAUCUACUUCCACCCGAGUACCUUUCACUGCGCGCGGCUGGCCGUGGGGGCUGCACUGCAGCUGGUGGAUGCUGUGCUCACAGGAGUGGUGCAAAAUGGGCUUGCGCUGGUGAGGCCACCUGGGCACCACAGCCAGAGGGCAGCUGCCAAUGGGUUCUGUGUGUUCAACAAUGUGGCCAUAGCAGCUGUACAUGCCAAGCAGAAACACGGGCUGCACAGAAUCCUCAUCGUUGACUGGGAUGUGCACCAUGGCCAAGGCAUCCAGUAUCUCUUUGAGGAUGACCCCAGCAUCCUUUACUUCUCCUGGCACCGCUAUGAGCAUGGGCGCUUCUGGCCUUUCCUUCGAGAGUCGGAUGCAGAUGCGGUGGGGCGGGGACAGGGCCUCGGCUUCACUGUCAACCUCCCCUGGAACCAGGUCGGGAUGGGAAACGCUGACUAUGUGGCUGCCUUCCUGCACCUGCUGCUCCCACUGGCCUUUGAGUUUGAUCCUGAGCUGGUGCUGGUCUCGGCAGGAUUUGACUCAGCCAUCGGAGACCCUGAGGGGCAAAUGCAGGCCACACCAGCGUGCUUCGCCCACCUCACACAGCUGCUGCAGGUGCUGGCUGGUGGCCGGGUCUGUGCCGUGCUGGAGGGUGGGUACCACCUGGAGUCACUGGCGGAGUCGGUGUGCAUGACAGUGCAGACGCUGCUAGGCGACCCGGCUCCACCCCUGCCAGGGCCCAUGGUACCAUGUCAGAGUGCCCUGGAGUCCAUCCAGAGUGCCCGUGCUGCCCAGGCCCCGCACUGGAGGAGCCUCCAGCUGCAAGAUGUGACCCCUGUGCUGACGAGUCCCAGUACCCAUUCCCCAGUGGGGAGGCCUCCACCUCUGCUGCCUGGGGGUCCCGUGUGUAAGACGGCUGCAUCUGCACUGAGCUCCCUCUUGGACCAGCCGUGCCUCCACCCUGCACCCCCUGUCUGCCCAGCUGUUGCCCUUACAGCUCCAGAUAUCACAUUGGUCCUGCCCCCUGAUGUCACCCAACAGGAGGGGUCAGCCCUGAAUGAGGAGACACAAGCCUGGGCCAGGCCACACGAGUCCCUGGCCCAGGAUGAGGCCCUCACUGCACUUGGAAAGCUCCUGUACCUCUUAGAUGGGGUGCUGGAUGGGCAGGUGAGCAGUGGUAUCGUAGCCACUCCACCCUCGGCUGCAGCAGCCACCUUGGAUGUGGCUAUUCAGAGAGGCCUGUCCCACGGAGCCCAGAGGCUGCUGUGUGUGGCCCUGGGACAGCUGGACUGGCCCCCAGAUCUCGUCCAUGACGGAGGGGUGAGCAGGGCCUUACGCUUAUGCAUGUAUCCUGGAAGGAGGAUUUUGUGGCUGAACAUCAGGGGCAAGGAGGCGGCUGCCCUAUCCAUGUUCCAGGUCUCCACACCACUGCCAGUGCUGACUGGUGGGUUCCUGAGCUGUAUCUUGGGCUUGGUGCUGCCCCUGGCCUAUAGCUUCCAGCCCGACCUGGUGUUGGUGGCGCUGGGGCCUGCCCAUGGCCUGCAGGGCCCCCACGCUGCACUCCUGACUUCAAUGCUUCGGGGGCCGGCAGGCGGCCGAGUCCUAGCCCUCCUGGAGGAGGACUCCACACCCCAGCUAGCCGAGAUCCUGGCCCGGGUGCUGCAUGGAGAGGCACCUCCUAGCCUAGGCCCUUACUCUGUGGCCUCCCCAGAGGACGCCCAGGCUUUGAUGUACCUGAGAGGGCAGCUGGAGCCUCAGUGGAAGAUGCUGCAGUGCCGUCCUCACUUGGAGGCUUGAAAUUGGACAAGGUGGGAGCAUUUACACCGCAGGAAUGACACCGCACGUCAGCGUCCCACUGCCUGUGCCCGCUGUCCCCAGGCCCAGGCUGCUCUUGCCGCUGCGGUGACGCGGUCACCCGGUGACUCCGACCGGCCCACAGCUCCCGCUGCACCAGGGGCACGGGGCCCCGCCCACUCGCACACAUGCGCCUCGGCCCCGCCCCCUCGCGCCCCUGCUCCCCCGCGUCACCCCCUCCCGGCCCGUACGCCCCACCCUCGGUCCCAUCCUGGCCCCUGCGCCCCGCUGCGCUUCGCUCCCAGCCCUCAUGCAGUCAGUAAAUAUUGGCCAAACGAAA